UCAACAUGACCGCAUCUUCUUAUUAUUUCAACUCAAGGUAACGCAAGAAACUGUUAAGGAACAAAGGAAGCAAGCUAGUAAAUAAUCAUAUAGACAGUUUUUAUAAUGCCGUCAAAAUAUAACGGAUAUGAAUUUUACAGAGAUGUACUUGGUAGCCCGAAAUUUAUGUUAGCGCCGAUGGUUGAUCAGUCUGAACUGGCCUUUAGAAUGUUGUCAAGGAAAUAUGGUGCUGAUCUAUGUUACACACCGAUGUGGCACGCUGGGGUAUUUGUUCGUGACGCUAAUUAUAGGAAAGAUGCACUAGAUAGCUGUCAAGAGGAUAGGCCACUUAUUGUCCAGCUUUGUGCAAAUGAUCCAGAGACAUUCACAGAAGCAGCACUACUGGCUCAGCCCUAUUGUGAUGCUGUUGACCUCAACCUUGGUUGUCCCCAAAUAAUUGCUAGAAGAGGACAUUAUGGUGCUUUCUUGCAAGAUGAAUGGGAAUUGCUUCAUAAGAUGGUCAGUCUUGCCAGUGAAAAGCUUUCAAUCCCACUAACAGUGAAGAUAAGAGUUUACGAAGAUGUCAAUAAAACAGUAGAGUAUGCAAAAAUGCUCGAGAAAGCAGGUGCCAAGAUAAUAACCGUACAUGGUAGAACGAGAGACCAAAAAGGGCCGCUUACCGGAUUGGCAAGUUGGGAUCAUAUCAAGGCAGUAAAAGAGAAUGUGUCAGUCCCUGUAUUCGCCAAUGGUAACAUACAGUAUGGCAGUGACGUACAAAAGUGCAUCGAUUAUACUGGAGUUGAUGGUGUUAUGUCUGCUGAAGGCAGUUUGACAAACCCAGCAAUUUUCAGAAACUUAAAUCCUCCUGUGUGGGAAAUAUCGGAAGAAUACAUGGAGUUUGCUGAGAAGUAUUCACCUCCUGCUACCUUCACAUACCAUACCCGCUGUCCACAUCUUUCUUACAUCAGAGGCCACCUGUUUCGUAUAUGGUUUCAUGUAUUAGCAAAAUUUCCGGAUUAUAGAUACAAACUUGGAAUAGUGAAGUCAUUUGAAGAAAUGAAGAAGAUUGGACAGGAUUUGAAAAAACUUUGCUCAAAAGAUGCAGAGACUGACAUCCAAGAAGGAAGAGACAGUACUGAACCAGGAAAGAUUCCUUACUGGAGGUGCCAGCCUUACGUCAGACCACCCCCAAAGCCUCAAGAAAACAACAAAAAAUCUCAAAUUGAUGCAGAAAAUUCGCAUAAAAAUGAAAAUAGGGAAAAUAAAAUUAAAAGAAUACCGUCAUUUAAAGCAGUCAAAAGGCAAGAACGACAGCUCAAAAGAAUCAAAACGAAAACCACAGCAAAAUACAUAUUUUGCAUAGUGUGUAAAGGAAACCCAAGGGGACUUAAAUGCCUUCAUUCGUCUUGUCGAAAAUGUUGUAAAACUAAAACAAGCACAGAAAUACUGGACUGUCCAGCUCACUGUUUCCGCUUCAAAUCGAACCAAGAGGAACGGAAACGUAAAGUUGAACCCCAGGCGCAAGAAAAAUCCUCCAGUAGUCAAGCGGAAGAGACAAUCCCUGUUGAGCAAUUAGCAAAAUGAUACAAGUAUAUUUCAUAAUCAGUUUUAUUGUUUUAAGGUUGAAGAAUAUUUAUGUGCAAAAUUUUUUAUAACCUAUGAAGAUUUU